AUGGACAUAAAAUUAAAGCAAAGUGUUAUACUCGGAUAUUCAGAUAUAAAUAGUUCUGGCUUAUAUGUAGUUUCUGGAGUCGAAGAGACGUGUAUCGUUGAGCACCAAACAUAUCAAUUCAAUAUGUUUGAAAAUACGAGCGAUGCUGAUAAUGAAGGAAAAAAACUUGAAAUAAAAAUAGAUAAUACCAAAGACAAAAGUUUCGUGAAAAUACAAGAGUUACCACCUCAAAACAAGAUAGUAUAUUUAGCAGACGCGUUAAUCAAUCUAUUUUGCCAAAAUGAAGUAAAUGAUGUGAUAAUAGUUUCAUCAAUAAACUUUUCGAUAAAUGACGAAAGUGUAUAUCUGGGUUGUUUACCAGAUAAUGAGGCAAAAAAUUAUGAAAAAUUAAAGAAGCUAUCACCAACUUUCAAAUUGCGGGAUCAUUUCUUCAACACAAUGAUCACGCUGCUGAAAGUUGAAAAAAUUCGGACAAGAUGCUUGGUAUUCCCCGGAAAGAAAAUUGGUGCAAGGGAAAGAAAAUCGAAUAGUAGUCAUGUUUAUGAGGUUGGAAUUUUAAGAUUAUUGGUUGAGGGUUUAAAAGAAAUUGUACCUGAUGUGAAAAUUUCCAUGGAUAAAGUAUUGGACACCAAAGUUAAGAAAGAUUCAUUAUAUAAUAUGAAUCUUGAACAAGAUCUUUGUACCGACGAGUUAAAACUGAAGUAUCAGUUCGCUUUCCAUGACGAUCAACUAAUUGGAAAUGGUUUAAGCCAAGGAAUUGGUCGACUUCAUAUUGAUUUCGGAAUAUUGAGGCUGCAGGGUAAUAAAUACCAUCGUAUAUGUCUUUUACGAAUACGAAUAUUUGAACGUCUAAAUAUUUUUGAAAAAGUUUAA